AUGAACGACACUGCUCUGGAUAAGCUGAACAGGGCCCAUAAGAAGGGUGUGAUACUCGGCCUUGCUGACUUUGUAGCCAACGUCGCGAAACGAUUCUCUGAGUCGGAUAUCCCGGAUGAACAGAAGAAGAAGUAUCUCGCUGCCGCUCAGCAGUUUCGUAUUCCGUACUGGGACUCCUAUCGCCCCCGAGCAUACACCAACCCUACGUUCCCAGGAGUCACAAACCCCAAAGACGACACGACGACAGCUGCAUUUGACUGGGGUGCUCCACAAAUCUUCACACUACCUGAGGUUAUGGUCAGGCGUCUUCCAGAUAACAAACUCAUUUCCAUACCGAACCCCUUCUUCCAGUUCAAGUUCAACCCUGAACAAUUCAACAAGCUCGACCUGAGCACAAGGGUUCCGAAACAACUCGCGAGCGUAGAACCAACAAUCCGGCAUGGAGGAUCUGAUGCAGAUGCUACGAAAAGCAUGAAUAAUAGGCUGAAUUCAGUUCGUGAAGAUCAUAUUCGCCUCUGUCUCGCUUUGAUGGAAGACGAGGUUUAUAGAAACUUCAGAACGUUUUCAACCAAUGCGGUCCUUCCGAAGGCCAAUGAGAAGCCCGAAGCAAACGUCGAAGAAGCUUCCGGAUCCAUCGAGGAUUUUCACGGUGGAUAUCAUGGCACCAUCGGCGGCAACGGACACAUGAGUUUCAUUUCAACGGCCGCCUUUGACCCGAUCUUCUGGAUGCAUCAUUGCCAAAUCGAUAGACUUUUUGCCAUCUGGCAGGCUGCCAACGGCGAUGCGCACUGGUAUAAUGAGCUUGAGCCAGAGGACCAGCUAAUGGGCAAGCUUGACCUGACGCCGUUCCGCAAAUGGACCUCGGAGAAUAAGACUGCGGAUUUUGGCUACACGUAUCCGGAAUUGGCAAAUGGACAGACAGGGGACACGGUUCGUAAGGAUUUUGCGGAAAAGUAUGAAUGGAGCCGACGAACCACCGCAAAGCCCGUUUUCGGCACGCCUCCGGAUGAUAUGCGGCCUAUACAAGUCGGAGACGCUCAGGUCUUCAACUAUACGUCCGAUUCCUCGUCUGGAGAUCUCUUAAAGCAUCCUGGUUUUCCCGUGCAUAAGAUGCAACAUCAAACUGUCAUGAACGCAAUUACAUCCAACCCGCAGUACGCAGAUCAUUGGUACAUCGAUGUUAUGUUCGAGAGUGUGUAUUUUGAGACCAUCUUCUCCAUAAUUGGCGACGUCCAGGGACAGUCCGGUGAGGAGUGGUCGUCUCUCCAUGGUUUCGUGGAUGAGCAACGACAACUUGUGACCAGCACAACUCCAAUCACUUCGCUGCUCCUUAACUACGCCCAGAUCGGAAAGCUCGACAGCAUGGAUGAGGACAACGUGAAGCAAUUUCUUGUCAAGAAUUCCAAGUGGCGAGUCCAGACUGUGGCUGGCGAGGUCCUUGACCCCAGGGAAACGCCCAGGAGCCAUGAUUUUAAUCUCAGUAUUAGCCGCAAGCGGACGCCAGUGCCACGCAGCGCAGGUGAUGUACAAUAUGACACUUACCCUAAUGUCAUCGAGGCUAUUAUUCGCAAUUCUUCUUAG